AUACGACUCAGUAUUGCGUUUCGGUUACACUUGGCUGGUACCAGAUGGCUCGGGAGGGACUCCGAUAGCCCAUAUACCAACAUUACCAAUCCGAUUCUUCCGCCUUCUCGACAGCGCCAACAUCACUUUCCUUCCGAGGUCAUUCGCAAACCAAAGGUGUUGUAAAGUAAAGCGGCGCAGACGAGAUGCCGAGCAUAUGGAAGUCGGGCUCAAACGCUGGCCGAGUUAAGGCUGGCAGCAAGUCCAUCCGAGGGACGAUAUCGGGACCGAUACCAAUACCGAACGCCCUAGACGACGACAACGAAUUCCCCGUUCGAUCUUUGGGCGCAAUCAGGUCCACAAAAGCCGAAGACAAGUUUAGUGGUGUCCAGAGACCAGGGACUGGUGGAAUUGCAAGCCCAACAGCAUCAGCACCAGCAGCAGUUGAGGCGGCCGAAGGAGGAGCGCUGAAGGAACAGCUCUUCGAUAAUAGGCAUCAUGAUGAUAGUAGCGACAGCGACAGAGAGAGAAGCCAAGGUUCGAGGCAGGGAAUCAACUCAGCAACUGCCGAGGUUCCAGGGGAGAACAUGGGCGGAGAUGGAGUUUCCCAACCGGUCUUCCAAAGACCAAAAGCGCCAUCAGACCCUCCACCACUGUUGCCACCUAACUCUGCGGGUGCUGCAUCUUCAUCUACUGAAAGACAACGGACGCCGCAGAGAACCUCCCCACCACAGACGUCAUCGCCACUGAGAACGACGCCGGUGAGGGUUAGGACGACACCGACAACGGGACGGAUCACGAACCCCCCUCAGAGCACUGUCCUGCGAUAUUCGACCAUCAGCGAUACUCCGAGUGGGCAGACGAAUAACAGCAAGGGGCAACCACAAAGGAAGCAGUCCACGCUGCGCUCGGCACUGGGUAAAUUAUUUGGACGAGGAAAGAAGAAGAAUGGAUUGGUGGCUGGAGAGCAGAGGAGUCCUCCUAAUUCGGGACGCGAGUCUGUCCUUAUGGAGUCUUCUCAGCACAAGAGUGACCCAAGUGCGCUUCAUCGGACGACGGAAAUGUCGCCCAAGCGAUCUGCCUCGCUUCCCAUCAGUGAGCUUGACAGGCCACUUCGUUCGCAUUCCAUCGGGCCAGACGACAUCCGGGCUAUCGAAAGUGCUCGGAACUCGUUGCAGGCCGAUAUUGGCGGAAACUCGGGAUCUAUUGCACGGCGACGUGCUGCAGCGGCAAAUGCGAAUGAGCGCCGGUUCCUGUUUGUGCCGCGCUUUCCUGAAGCCGAACCAGGUGCCGGUCUAUCACCACGGCCUACCAGUAGCCAUGGGCGCGGAAGCCGACUGUUUGCUGGGGUAUCACGCGGCGAGCAUGACGACCCAAGUGAAAUUGGGCGCGCCAUCACCAGCGAUAGCGGUAUGCGACGCCGAUCACGGAGCCUUUCUGGAUUGCCGGAUAUCUUGGGUACGGGAAUUGGUCGGGCGCCGGAGCGCCGCCGCAGCGACGAAAUUCGAUACUGGCGUGAGUCCUACAAUGCGGGAUUGCUCUCGACAUUAUCAUCGGAUGCGCACGUCAAUGCCGAUAUUGACAACGACGGUGUAGCAGAUCUCAGCGUUCCCGCAAGCCCCGCAGUCGAGGGACCACCGGAUACGCCUCCGCAGCCGUUCAACUUUGGAUCGAUAUCGAAGCAGAUGGUGGGAAUGAAGAUCACUCAAGCGGCAAGCAUCGACACCCGUAUCGGGACCCUCGAGACGCGGACCGGAAAGUUGGAGCGGGUUGUCGACCAGCUUUGUCACGUAGUUCCCGGGUUCAGGGGCCCGCUGAGCGAUAUCUCGGCGGUCGGAGGAGGAAGAGGUACUGGAGGACCGGGGACCAUCAGAACCGUCUCUGACGGCCGGCCUUCCUUCACAUACACGGCUGCCUCGCCGCCGCCCCCUCCGAUUUCCCCCGUCUCACCUCGUCAAGGACAGCAACCAGCUCAUUCCCGGUCCGACAUCAGCCGCUCCCCGCGCGCCAGCAGCGAGCGACAGUCGAUGGAUUCAGACACACACUCGCAGAUAUCGUUCGGCGAAGCCCAGACCUUCAUCGACUCUCUCCACCCGCCCUCUUCAUCAGCCACCCAGGCACAAUCCUUGACCACCGCUACCACGCCCACCACAGCAGCGACGCUCAGCCUUCCACCUCACCCAGAGCACCCCAACGACACAGACCGGGACCGGCCAACUUCCAACUCCACCGUCCGCGGCGUCGCCAGCAUGCCUUCCUUGCACGAAAACACCACGACGGCCUCCAUCAGCGAGUACUCCUCCACCAACGCCCACAACCCGACCUACUACAACCAGUACCACGCCCUCCUCGGCCAGCUAGAAGCGGAGCGGCAGGCCCGCCAAGCGCUCGAGGGACAGGUGAAGAAGUUGUCGGACCGCUUGAACGCACUGUCGAGUACCAUGUAUGCUUUGGUGAGGGAUAGCGGGUCGUGGGGGGCACCUGAUCCUUCCAGUCCCCGGUCGGCUAUAAGUGGAGGAGGAAGAGGCAGAGGACAUCCACCAUCGCACAUCCCGAGUGUUUUCGAGUAUGAUAAUGAUGACGACGAUCACCAUCAUCAUGGGCAGGGAGACGAUGACGACGACGAGGAGGAGGAUAUCGAGGAGGAGGAUAUCGACGACAAUGUUGGUCCAGCUGUGAGACACGGACAUCACAGUGUUGGAGUCGUUUCUAGAGCGAAGUUGGCUUUGGUCGCGAAACCUACCUCUAGAGGUAGCGGCGGCGGUCGUGGUCAGGAAGACGACGAGGCGGAAGACUUCCAGACGCCGAGAGAAGAGUUCCAAACGCCGAUGACGCCGACGCCGGUUUACACUUAUGGGGCUUUCAGCCCUGAUAUGAUUGAGGUUGAGAGUGGUGGUGAUGAGGCGGAGUCUGGCGGGGACUCGUCUGAUGCCAGGGCGGAGAAGAAGCAGAAGAAGCCCCAGCCGGCGGCUCGGACGUUGAGUUUGAGUCAGUUGACGAUGGGCAAGAGGAUCUGAUUGAGCGGGGGUGAAUCUCCAUUCUUGCCUUCCCUCACUGCAAUUGUCCCGCCACGUCUGUUUCUUGUGUCAACGGGGAAGGUGCGGGCGGAAAUAUUGUCUGUCCGGCAUGAACGAAGAAGGAAGUUCACCAGCAGCAAGAUCGUUCCUGCCUGGUCAGGGUCUUUUGACGUCACGCAUGUUACACUUCUCGGUCACGGAACUCAAAGAC